AUGACAACUGACAAGCCAGACAUUCGAGAGAAAAGCGUCCACAGCAUUUUAACAAACUGGGCCUUUGAAUUAAGAUGGUCUUCUAGAGAUGAAGUUGAAUUUCGUCUUGUGAGUUUGCUGGAGCACCUGUCGUCUUUAGCAGUGACAGGGCCAGCCAAACCCUCCCUGUCCAAGUGGAGUUUAGGCAUCAUGGAUGGUGGCAUUGGAGCUCUUGGACGGGCUCUCCAGCAACAGCCUUUCCCUGAACUGAGGCAACUGACAGUGUGCAAUUGCCGACUGAUCGGAGAGAAGGGCAUGGCCGAGCUAGCUAGAUCGAUUGGGACGGGCAACUUGAAUAAUCUCGAGGUACUCAAAUUUCAGAGCAAUCACUUCAUAGGAGACACGGGAGCCAAAGUUCUGGCUGACGCUCUGCAGUCUGGGAAGCUAGCCAGUCUCCGUAGGAUCGAUCUGCUGGACAAUGGAAUCGGUGACGAGGGACUGAGUGCCAUUGCACUUGCUUUGGGCUCCGGUAACGUCCCGAAGCUCACCAGUCUACGAGUAGGAAGUGAAGCUGAGGCGUUCCACAUGAAGGGAGGCCAAGCUCUUGCUAGAAUGAUACAAUCGGAGAAUCUGCCUUUCCUGGAGGAUCUCAGAUUUCGAGGAUGCGUUGUCGAGGAAGGUGUGAUCGCAGUGAUUAAAGCGCUGGAGACAAGAACCGUCGGAGCGUUGAAGAAGUUAGACUUGAGAUACUGUGGUAUAGGUUUGGAAGGAGCAAUUUUGUUGGCGAGGGCGCUCAGUUUGCCUUGUUUCUCUUCCUUGCGUUUGUUAGAUCUUGGCGACAGUGUACUAUGA